UCUUAUGUCAUUUCACAGUCAAAGUUAGUGAUCUGUGUAAGAGUGAAGUGAUAACUGUAACUGCAUCGCUAUGCAAAUUCUUUUAUAAAUUAAAAAAAAAGCCUGAAUAAGGAGUGAUUUCAAAGAUCGUAGUGAAUCAUGCAGUCGUCAUCCUUCUGUCCAUGUCUCUUUGCUGCGGAAUGAAUUCAUACCAACUACCGGCCCCGCCAUCAUACGCUUGUUUAGUGCAUGAUGUGCUGUUGGCAGCCGUAUUAUAGCAUGGCAUGAGCUGUGGGAAGUUUUUAGGCAUUGGUGGUGGUGAUGUUUUGGCAUGUAAUGGUGCGAUGAUAAUGCCAGUGAAAUUGCUUACAAUGCCAGUAUGGAGUCGAGAGAGAAGUUUGUGAAGAAUGAGCAUGGAAAAAUAGAUAAGUCCCCAACCAGGUGUGUAAAAGUGUUUCCUGAAUAAUAUAUGGCUUUGAACAAAUAAGCUCAACACAAUUAUUGAACAAAAUGGCAGCACAGGCUUGUUUGUGGCUGUAUGUUGCAGCUGUUGUUGUGUGUUUUUUCUUUGGUCCUUUCCUGUUUGCUCCAUCCUUGAAACACCACUAUUGAAACCGGUAUAAGAUAUCCUUCUUUACGAGGUAUUUGGUUCAUUUUAACAUCUGUAUUUUGUGUACAGUCUCAAUAAACUACAAAUUCUGAAUGGCUCGGAUGCAGUGUAAUGGCAUUAAAGUGUGGCCGUUUAUUUUUGCAAUUAUUACAUCUGUGAUGUCAAGUGCAUCAUAGCUGAUGACAAGUAAGGACAAAUAUAUACAUUAGGUAUGUUCCCAUUGUGUGAAAUUUCAUCAGAGCAAGAGACAGUCGCAACGUAAUGAUGUAUCUUUGUUGGCUGAACAGAACAAUCAAUUUAGUGCUUAAUGAUUUGUACAAUAAUCUUCUAUGCUGAAAUAAAGGAGAUCAGAGGUAAGCACAGCACCGCACUAACAGGGGGUCACGACACUGGCAACUUCCACGCUCACAAGCAGGGACGCCAUGGGUAACUGACGAAAACAGCGCUAAACAAACAAAGAAAAACACACACACACACACAUGACCAGGACGUAAACAAGGCAGCACCAUGAGUACGUUUUCCGUAGGAGUCACACUCCAAAGAAACACAGCCAGCAAAGAGAUGGUCUAACGCGUUGCAGAUUUGUGGCACGUUGAAAGUACCACGUCGAGUUAUGCGUAUGGGAGUCACCUGCAGGAUAAGGUCACCCUUGCAUCAGUGUUCUUUCUGUUUACAUAGCCUACAGUGAUCAAGCACUUGUACACACGUUGCGAACAUGAUAUCAGGCUCGAAAGCGUAUAAAAGACUCUGCUGGAAUUCCCCAUCAAUCGAGAGGCUCUCUUGAUCGUUGCAGUUCACCACACAGGCCGCACAACAGACGAUAAAAAAGCGAUGGUCGAUGCGGAUGACGUUAUUAUACGCAUCCACAAUCAACGACCGAACACCGACGAAAGCACAACGAUCACCUGCGCGAGGAUACCUACUGCUGCCUUUCAAAUAACAUGGCAAACGCUCUCUUUUUAGCGACCAUAUCAAGAGCUUGUCAUUCACAAAUACAGCGGCAGGCAUAACGCAUAACCGACGAUUACCGACACCCCGAUCCGCAACCACCUGCAGCAGCGCCAGCGCCGCCUGAACUUCCGUUAACAUCAUAAUCAAAAAACAAACGGGAGCCUUCCUCUUCACAAUCCUGUCGUCUGCUACGUUCUCCCUCCCCUCAACCAUCUCGUGCCAAUGUCAAUAGGGACUGUGCGACAAACUGGUGGCGCCGCCGUGCGUCCUAGAGCGAAAGUAGCGCGCGUGAUAAACCGCCACUUCGCCUUUGCUAACAGUAGCGUUGUGUGGUGGUUUUAGACGCUCGAGAUGUCGAACACAAACUGCUGCAUAGUAAACUGUAGUAACACGUACAAGAACUGCCCACCAGGCACUAAGUUCUUCUGUUUUUCGCGGCGACCGUGCCUUCAAGAUCAACGGGAAAAGUGGAUACGAAGCGUACGCCGCAUCAAUGCUGAUGGAACACAGUGGCAGCCAGCCAGGUGGUCUAGGAUUUGCAGUGCCCAUUUUGUUGGUGGUCAGCUAUCAACGGACCCGUCAUCUCCAUCCUACGCGCCGACCAUAUUUCCACCCUCAUAUCGCCGACGGAGUACGGUGUUCCAGGACAGGGCUUCUCGGUACCAACGCUGGAGGACACGAGGGUGCGACGAAGGUGUAGACUCUCCACACUCAAGUACCACGGCAAAUGAAGGACAACAGCAAGACGGACCGCCAGACGAGGACAUGGAAUUCGAUGAAUGCGCCACAGACGUGUACAGGACAGAGGAAGUUUCAACACAAACAGAUGAAAGUGGCAGUGGUGUUACGGCGUCUGGCGUUUUCCUCAGCUGUCUGCUGAAUUCAACUUACUGUGAGGCAUCUGUGCAAUGCAACCACCUUCCGGUGCCCCAGAAGGAGACAUGUGAGAGAGGCACUGAAACUAUAAACGUAGACCAGCUUCAGCCUCGGGGAUUCCGUGGCUACGAGUCUGUGAUGCCUGAAACUGACGGUGGCGAAGUCCUAAAAGAUCUGACAGGAACAUCAGCCGCCUGCUUUGCAGUCCUUCUUGGAUUGUUCACACAGUCCAGGACACCACGUAUGACAGACAUCAGUCUUGAAAGUCGCCUUCUUCUCUUCCUCAUGAAAAUGAAGCACGCCCUCACAUUUGCUGCACUAGGUGCCCUCUUUGGUGUGCACCGCACUACAGCUUCUCGGACUUUCUACUCCAUCCUGGACACAUUGUAUGCGAAGACCCAAGGGUGGUUGAUGUGGUUCCCAAGAGACGUAGUGCAGGAAACCAUGCCCCCCUCCUUUUGCGAAAAGUAUCCAAUGUGCAGGGUGAUCAUUGACUGCACGGAGGUACCCAUUGAAAAGCCCUCUGAAGUGAGGGAGCAGGUUAAUUGCUGGAGCAGUUACAAAAGUGACUUCACACUAAAAUUCCUUGUUGGCAUAGCACCCUGUGGCUACAUUUCAUUUGUUUCAAGUGUGUUUGGUGGACGCUCUAGUGACACAUACAUUACUGCGAACUCGGGAUUGUUGGACCUGCUUGAACCUGACGACAUGGUGAUGGCAGACAAGGGUUUUCCCCAUAUACAAUGUGACCUAGAUGUUCGCCAGGUAACGCUGAAAAUCCCCCCCUUUGCCCGUAUGAACGAACAGUUCACUGCUUCUGAAGUAGAACGCACUUACAAGAUUGCUUCUCACCGUGUCCAUGUUGAGCGCUGUAUUCAGAGACUAAAAAUAUUCAAUAUCCUGAGUGUGAAGCUACCACAAGAGCUGAGAAGCCACGUAGACAAAAUUGUAACUGUGUGUGCUGUACUCGUGAAUAUGCAGAAGCCAAUAUUUAAGAUGUAAAAGACUCAGUGCAGGCCUGUGUACAUGCUUGAAAUGACCUAGGUUUGACGACUAUCCCCUGUUAUUCGUAUUUCAGUAUGUUCAUUUCAUGUACUGCAGAGGACACGGUUGUCUAAAAUCAGCACUCCAUGGUUUAUCCCAUCUAAAGUCUCCAGGUAAAGGCUAUUUCUUUCAAGUAAUAAACAUGUGCAGCACAUGGUCCACCUUCAAAUACAAUAUUGGCACAACACUUUCAAUCGCAACAGAGUUAGUAUGGGACAGCGAAAUACUGACAGGCGAUUUUAGCUAACCGUGUCCUCAACAAUACAGUUCAAAAGGA